CAAAUGAUCCCAAUCAAUUAAGUGGAGGUAGACAAGGCAUGCUUGCUGAAAAAAUUGCAAAGAGGAUGAGGAUGGAAAGUGGUUCCAGCAACACAACCAAGUCAAAACUUGACAAAUAUCUUAGUGAAGAUACAGAGGAUAGGAAUAAGAAGAUUGGCAUCCUUGUUUGGUGGAAAUACAACGCACCCAGGCUUCGAGUUUUAGCUCACUUGGCUCGUGAUGUGCUUACUAUACCUAUCUCAACAGUAGCAUCAGAGUCCGCUUUCAGCAUAAGUGGACGUAUUUAGAUGAUUUCCGUACCUCUCUUGCUCCAUUCAUGGUAGAGGCUCUAGUUUGUGCACAUGACUGGCUGAGGAGAACAACUCCUAUUGACAUCAAAGAGAAUAUGGAGGAAUUAGAAAUUAUGGAAAAAGAGUUAAUUGAAGAAUUUGGUAACCAUAAGGCCCAGAAUAUUGGCAAAGGAAAAGAGAAAGAAAAAGAAGCCUUCCACUACCAAGACACAAGCAACAAUGACAUCAACACCAACAGGAAGCAACUCCAAGUCUAUCUCGAAAGCCGGAACAUCUACAUCUUGAAAGGGUGGUGCACUGGUGCUGCUGGGUGGUUUGGAGGCUUGGAGUUGGAUCAUAAUUGCACCUGGAUGGAAGUCAUGUAGUUCUAUGAUCUAUGAUUUGUGUGCUUCAAAACUAUAUUUAUUUAUUGUGAUAUUUGAAAUGU